AUGUGCGAGCGGUACCCAGGAUAUCUCUUCGGAGGGACUCCGGUCAGCAGCUGGGACAGAAGUUUUAAUUCACUAGAAAAUCAAAUCCAGCAGCAGUAUCGAGGGCGUGUAGGUGCGGGUGUCCGUUGUUGGGGCAGUAUGUCAGAGGGAGGGAUAUCAUCGGCGGGAGACGCGGGUAAGACGAACCUGAUCGUCAACUACCUGCCGCAGACUAUGACCGAGAAGGAUCUAUACGCGAUGUUCAUGUCCAUAGGACCCAUAGAGAGCUGCAGGGUUAUGAAGGAUUUUAAGACUGGUUAUAGCUACGGAUUUGGUUUCGUCAACUUCACUAGAGAGGAAGACGCAGCACGAGCUAUCGAAACAUUCAAUGGAUAUCAAUUAAGGAAUAAGAGACUAAAGGUAUCCUACGCUCGUCCUUCCGGUGAGGAUAUAAAAGAGACCAACUUGUACGUGACGAAUCUGCCGCGCGCCAUAACCGAGGACCAGUUGGAAACGAUAUUCGGGAAGUACGGAAGAAUUGUACAGAAACAUAUACUGAGAGACAAGAGCAACGGCACACCGAGAGGUGUCGCUUUUGUGCGGUUCGAUAAACGUGAGGAGGCUCAAGAGGCUAUCGCUGCACUAAACAACGUGAUUCCCGAGGGUGGUUCCGAGCCACUAUGUGUUAAGGUUGCCGAAGAACACGGGAAGCAGAAGGCAGCGUACUACGCCGGCUGGGCCGCUGGUUUUCAUCACAAUAGGGGGGACUUUGCCUGGAACUGUGGGAACUGCAUGAUGCCGGAUGCCUGGGAAAGGUUUCCGUCCCCACCAUUGGGAGGCAGUCAUCCAACUACUCCCAGGAACGGAUGUAGGCCGGGAUCCUGCGCCAACACUAGGAUAUUUCCCAACUACCCAAAAAACUCACCCAGGAACAAUAGGGGACGGAACUUCCCCUGGGGUCAGGGUGUUGAAGAUAGGUUUAAGGGACAGAGGUGUAGAAACGGUCAAGCGCCUUAUUGGUAA